GCUUUCCUUACCGGCCUUACUUACCCUUCCCUUCUAGUCAUUGUCAAAAUGGCGGACGGAGGCGUCGAUAUAGAUUUGUACGCUGACGAUAUAGAAUCGGAUUUUAAUAGACAGGAUGAGUUCGGAGGUGAGAAUGUGGAUUUGUACGACGACGUAAUUUCUGCGCCUGCAUCGAAGCAAGAGGAAGGAGAUGGACCACCGAAUGCUCCGCCGUCGCAGCAUCCUCCGGAGGAGACUAACGGCAACGCUCCUUAUCACAACAACUCACAACACCACGGGCAUCAUCGCCGGGCACAGCUUUACGUCGGAAAUCUCACUUGGUGGGCAACCGACCAAGACAUAGCUGACGUGGUCGCUGAUGUGGGUGUGACCGAUUUCCAAGAUGUCAAGUUCUUCGAAAACAGAUCCAAUGGCCAGUCCAAGGGCUUCUGUGUCAUUUCUCUGGGCUCUGAACAGUCUCUCAGGAUGGUCCUGGACCGUCUGCCCAAGAAAGAAAUUCAUGGACAACACCCGGUUGUCACUCUGCCUACUAAACAGGCGUUGAACCAGUUUGAGAGUCAGUCUAAGACGAGGGCCACUCCACCCGGGCCCAACAACCCCGGCAUGCGCGGGCCUCCCCACCCAGGCGGUCCGCCCGGACCACAUCCAGGAGAUUUCUUCGGCCCCGGCCCCAACGGCCCCGGUCCCAACGGGCCUCGCAUGAUGAUGCCGGGCGGCGGCGGCCACCACCAGAUGCGCGGGCCCCCGCCCGGGCCUCCCCACCACAUGCAACACCAAGGCCCGCCCCCGCACCAUAUGCAGCAUCAAGGCCCGCCGCCGCAUCAGGGGCCGCCGCAACACCGCCCACCAAUGCAACAGGGUCCGCCGCCUCACCACAUGCAGCACGACGGACAGGGACCGCCGCACAGACCCCCAAUGCAGUUCCAAGGGCCCCCGCAGAUGCAGCGGGGCGGGCCUGGCGGGCCGGGCGGGCCGCGGGGGCCAGGCCCGGAGUGGGGCCCGCGCGGGCCGCCGCACCACAUGCAGCCCCCCGGGCCCCCGCAGCAGUACGGCCCUCCGCAGCACCAGAUGCCGCAUCAGAUGCCGCCCCCGCACCAGCCGGGUCCGGGCGGCAUGCCGCCGCACCACCAGAUGGGUCACGGCGGCCCGGGCGGCCCCGGCCCCGGCCCCAGGGCGCCGAUGCCGCAGCACCCAGGUAUGAACGGUUACCCAGGCGUGGGCCCGGGCGCGCCGGCGCCGCACGUGAACCCCGCCUUCUUCAACCAGCAGCCGCAGCCCGCGCCCGGCCCGCAGCCGCCGCCGCAGCAGCAGCCCCCAGGUCCCGGCGCGCCAUACGGACACGGGCCGCACGCGCCGCCCGCGCAGGGCCCGCCGCCCGGCGCGCGCCCGCAGCCCUACGGCCGACCACCACAGAGCUACCCGCCGAGCGCGGAGCCGGCGCGCGCGCCGCACCACGCGGCGCCGCUGGCGGGGCACGCGCCGCUGCACGCGCCGCUGGCGCCCGCCAUCAGCGAGGCCGAGUUCGAGGAGGUCAUGUCGCGCAACCGCACCGUCUCCUCCAGCGCCAUCGCGCGCGCCGUGUCCGACGCCGCCGCCGGCGAGUACGCCUCCGCCAUCGAGACGCUCGUCACCGCCAUAUCGCUCAUCAAGCAGAGCAAGGUGGCCCACGACGACCGCUGCAAGAUCCUGAUCUCGUCCCUCCAGGACACGCUGCACGGCGUGGAGACCAAGUCGUACAGCAGCACGGAGCGGCGCCGCUCCCGCUCCCGCGAGCGCGAGGCGCGCGCGCACCACCGCGCGCCGCGCCGGCGCGAGCGCUCCGCCUCACGCUACCGCGACCGCUCCCGAGACCGCGAGGACCGCGACAGGUAUAGGGAAAGGUCGAGGGAGCGUGAUCGCGACCGUGAUGCGUACUACAGGGAUUAUCGCGAGCGCGAGCGUGACCGUUCCCGCUCUCGCGACCGUGAACGCGCUGACCAUUACAACCGUGGACACAGCCGGGAAGAAAGUACUAAAAAGAGCUCGUCCCUCAGGCCGCGCGGAGGCAAGUCGCCCGUGGAGGCGGCGGCGGAGGGCGGCGCGGGCGACGCGCCCAGCAGCAAGCGCGGCAGCGGCGCGGCGCCCUACUACGACGAGCGCUACCGCGAGCGCCGCGAGCGCGACCCGCCGCCCGCCGACCGCGACCGCGAGCGCGACCACCGCCGCGACGCGAGACACUAGCCCUACACCAGCCACACACACCGACGAAACUAAUCACGCACGAUUAAGACGAGCGUAGCGCGCUUACCAGUAUCGACCUGUAGUGCAUUAGGAACAUACGUUGGCAUAUUGGCUGUAGAUUUUUUUACUGCCCCUUCUACAUUAAAAUAACCCCCUAAGUGCUCAGAUUAUGACCCAGUUGCAAUUACUUUGUGGACAUUAAAUUAAUAGGCUUAGUUGUAAAUGCGCUCGCUUGUCCUGUCUGAACCUGGCUCUAAAUAAGCGUUUUUAAUCAGUUGCUAGUGACGGACGCUUUGUCUUGUCUUUAUCGUGUUAUAAUCGUGACUAUUAGGCAAUCUCUUGACGUUGCAUCUAUCGUUGUAUCGUUGACGUAAAAAAAUUGAAAUAUCACAGAUUGUGGAGUCGAGAUCGUAUCUGUCGCAAAAAAAACAUCGCGCACAUCUCGCUAAGAUACUUUUGCAGAAGUUAAGGGUCCAUUUCUCGAAUGGUAUUUGUCUAAUAUUAUUAGUGGGUCGUCAUGGCAACCCAUACGAUUUGACAGUUCGUGGACUAAUAUUAUUAGUCUAAUACCGUUCGAGAAAUCAGCCCCUGCUGUACUCUAUGAACAUCGACUUGCGACUACUGUUUACAUAAUACCCAGAGCUGUAAUAAAUGUUCAGUGUAAUACCAAAGAUAGAUAUAACUCCGUAAUAGAUGAAUACAGUCUAAGGAAAAAACAUGCCUCGAAAAUCACAAAAAUUUGAUUCUCGAUCAGAUGGCGCCACUAGCUUUGGCCUACUCUCGUAUAGAGGGCGUUGACGGUUUCGUUUGUUAUUUAUAAUUUUAACGCAUAUCAGUGAAAGAACAUGGGUCAAAAUCAUAUAAAAAUAAUAAUUGCAAAUAAAAAAAUCUUAUCCAUAUUUAAAUACAUUUUAGCGUAAUUUUAUAAAUCUUCAUUUUUAGUUUUAAAGUAUGUCGAUAGAUGGCAGUGAAUUUACAGUGGUUACAAAAUUUACUAUGACAGUACCACUCUAUCUUAUUAUAUCCUCUUUGGUAAUACACACGUUACAUAUGUAUAUACAGAUCAACACAAUGCACUUGUCAAGUAUAAAGUUUGAUACAUGUUGAAUAUCGUUUUUAAGGCCAACCUGUAUAUUUGUGUCGUUCUCAAGUAAAAGGUACUACAUUGUCGCUUACCAUAAGGGUGAAAUUUGCUGGCAUCUCUAUACGAAUAACCUGUCAGAGCGUCCUUGUGGUAAGCGACAAUGUGGUACCUUUUACUUGAGAACGACACAUUUACUGAUUCUAACUAAGUUUUUCCAUGUCACACUAUGUUUUGUAUUAGUGAAAUUGGUU